UGCCCUUACAGUGUGUCCACAGAAAUUUCUUGUACAGCCAGGCUGCGCACUGGGGGUCAGGGGGAGCUGAUUUUUUCCCUUUGGGUACCAUAAAAUGUAAGCACUAUUUAAGGAUGAUGUUACUUGAACUGAUGUAAAGAAAAAGUGCAAGUUGUAGACAUUUUGCUUAAGUAUUUUAUUUAUGGGAAGUAAUGCAAGUGUGAGGCUGCAGGAAACAGUGUUUGGUGAAACGGAGGUUGAGACCGGGAAGUGUUUAUAUGGGUUUUAACUUCAACAUGGUCUGGUCUCGAAUAUGAAAAUAGAGCUUACAAUUUUUGUUUGAAACUCAGUUAUUGGAGUUGAUGCUCUAUUUUUCUAUUAGGUGUACGUAGGUAACGAUAUUUGUGUGAUAUCUUUCAAGUUGCUUGGUGUUUUAUAUUUUUAUAGUAAUGCUCUGAUUCAGUAAAAACAUGUUGGCUUUUCCUGAUGUGCUAUAAUGAAAGUAUAAACUACUUUCACAACAAUUAGAGGCCAUGUAGAUAUGAGAACAUAACAUAACUAGAUUGUUCUUAACUUUCAGAUAUGUAAAAGUCUCAAUGUAAGAAUUUUAGGAAACAAGCAGUGGCAGUACUUUAAAAUAUUUCUCUUUUGACUUUGUGUGUUCCUAUCUGGAAUAUACAGAUUCUUUUUUUUCCCCCUUUGCUGUGACUGCUGUUGCUGUGACCAGAUAGUGUGCUCUUAAGGCAGAGGCAUUGUUUUCUGGAGUAGCUGCUCGAGUUCAAAAGAGGUAUUUUGCUAGUGUGAAAUUUCUAAUACUCAGAAAGUAUUGAUUCCAUUACCUAUCUAAAAUUUGUGCUAAGAUGGCAGCUUUACUUGAGAGAAUGUGAAGAAACUCGAAGCAAAUAUAGAUAGCUGCUUCUGCCUGUUGUACAUAGGUGUCUGUUUUUGUUUUUCUUGGUAUUCCAGUGGGAUUGUGAGCUGUGAGCGAGUCCUGUUAGUCCAUUUACAGAGUGAAUGUACGGGGACAAAUGAAGUCCUCAGCAAUGAUCCACUGCUACUAAAUAGUGUCACUAACAGGAAACGACAUUUGUCAUUAACUGUUCAGGACACUGCAGCUGGCUUUCUUAUUUGACUGGAUACAAGUACCUCAAACAAGGGUACCUGCUGGCUGACUUGAUGUGUUUGGGCAGUGAGGGCUGAGGGUGUGUGCCCAGCUCCUGCUGCAAGUGCUGGCCUCGGAGCAGCAAUGCUGCCUCACUUCUGGGAGCAGAAGGAGAUGAUUUGGAAACUGUUGUGCUGAAAGGAAGAAUUAACUGGUCUUUCAACUUCAGCCUUUUUAUUGUGAGAGGGGAGAUCACAGAAGUGUUACCAUGGGGAGAACAACAGCGAAAGAUUCAAAGAAUAUUAAAAAAGAGAAAGAUGGAAAGAAUCAGCAGGCAAACAACCCAGCUUUAAAAAGUGAACAGUUUAAUUGGGAUGAUUAUCUGAAAGAGACUGAAUCAGUAGCUGCCCCUCUGCAUUGUUUCAGACAGUCUAGAAUUCCACCUACAAAUGAUUUCAAAGUUGGCAUGAAACUGGAAGCCCGUGAUCCUCGCAAUGUUACCUCAGUUUGUAUAGCUACAGUAAUUGGAAUCACGGGUGCCAGGCUAAGGCUGCGGCUGGAUGGAAGUGACAACAAAAAUGAUUUCUGGAGGCUUGUGGAUUCCUCAGACAUACAGCCCAUUGGGACCUGUGAAAAGAAAGGGGGCAUGCUCCAGCCUCCACUUGGGUUCCAGAUGAAUGCAUCCUCUUGGCCAAUGUUUCUCUUAAGAACUCUCAAUGGAGCUGAAAUGGCACCUGCAGCAUUCUUCAAGAAGGAACCGCCAAAACCUGUGCCAAACUGCUUUAAAGUUGGAAUGAAACUUGAAGCUAUAGAUAGAAAGAACCCAUACCUGAUUUGUCCAGCAACCAUCGGAGAUGUUAAAGGAGAUGAAGUUUUUGUUACAUUUGAUGGCUGGAGAGGAGCAUUUGACUAUUGGUGCAGGUGUGAUUCUCGAGAUAUUUUCCCAGUCGGAUGGUGUAGCUUGACAGGAGAUGCAUUACAACCACCAGGGAACAAUGUUUCCAUUACAAAGAGCAGUGCAAAAAUCCAAUCUUCCCCUUCCAAAGUGACCCGGCGUUCAAUGCAGUCUCCACAGAAAUCUGCUCCAGCACCAGCGCAGCGGGGCAGGAAACCAGGUCGGGGCAAACCCCCUGGACAGUCUGCAGUUCCCAAGAAGGGCAGGUCUCCUAAAAAUAUUCCCUUGACAAAAAGCACCUCUCAUACUGAAAAUCUUAAAACAAGGAAAAAAAGUUUAAAACCUGGAAAAAAGAAAAAAGUCUUGCCAGAACAAUUGACUCCUACAUCUCCUUCUCCUCAGUCAUCUCCUGAGGGGGAAAAUGGCACUACACAGAUACUUAAAGAUGGAAUCAGUUUGUCUGGUGCAACUGCAGCAGUUAUAUCCACAGUGUGUGUUUAUGUGAACAAGCAUGGAAAUUCUGGGCCUCACCUGGAUAAGAAGAAGGUUCAGCAGCUUCCAGACCAUUUUGGACCAGGUCCUGUCAAUGUGGUACUUCAGCAGGCUGUACAGGCUUGUGUGGAUUGUGCCCAUCAAGCCAAAACUGUCUUUGGAUUUCUGAAAUCUGGCCAUCAUGGAGGGGAAAUGAUAACUGCUUCCUUUGAUGGGGAAAAGCAUGCCAUCAAUCUUCCUUCUGUAAACAGUGCAUCAUUUGUCCUACGCUUCUUGGAGAAACUCUGCCACAGUCUGCAGUGUGAUAAUCUCUUCAGUAGCCAGCCUUUCAGCCCUUACAUGGGAUGUGCACAUAGUCCUAUGGAGUAUGAUAGGAAUAAGCCAGCCAAAGAAGAAAUACCUGAAAACAGGAGUGCUAAACGAUACCCUCAGGACUCUCCACCAUAUACUGCUCCUCUUUCCCCUAAGCUUCCCAGAAACGAUGCUCAUCCAUCUGAAGAUAAGAAGUCCAGGAAGGCUGGACAUAAAGAUACAGGAGCAGGCUGUCCCCACAUGCUGAAAGACAAGCUUGAAUGGAAGAAGACUGUCCUGGCUGAACAGAAAGAAACAUUGCCUAUAGAAGAAAACAGCACUUCCAAAGAACACCGAUUUUCCGAGGAUUCUAUGGAUUCUGCACUUAAUUCUGUAAAUUCGUCAAACCCAAGCUGUCGAAAUUCCACAGAGUACCGCGCUUCGGGAAAUGCUGCAUAUUACAGAACUUCCCAUCAGCCAGCAACUGCUACCUCAAAUUCAGCCCCAGUCCUGCGCAGGCUGUCCCUGAGCUCUGCUGGGAGCAGUGGUUACCAUGAAGUCAGUAGGAAUCGGAUGCAGAGGCGGAUUGAAGCUGCAAGUUCCACAACUGGACCAGAUUUGAAUUCACUAAAAAGGGAACCUUCAAGAAUAUUGAAUAAAGAUCCUUCCACUUGGUCAAUAGAGGAAGUAGUGCAUUUUGUGAAAGAAGCUGAUCCACGGGCACUGGCUCCACAUGCAGAACUCUUCAGGAGACAUGAAAUUGAUGGGAAGGCACUACUCUUACUGAGGAGUGAUAUGAUAAUGAAAUAUAUGGGACUGAAGCUGGGGCCUGCCCUUAAGUUGUGCUACCACAUUGAACGACUUAAACAAGGAAAGUUCUAGCCAGUGGGGGUACCACAAACACGUGUGUUUGGAUCACACCAAGCUCUCAGGUUCACAGCCAUCGCCUUGAUUUGAAACUCUUUUGCUGAUAUAAACCUUUAUUUUUUUAAAGUGCGCUUGAAAUUUAGAAGAGACAUUCAGGAUAAAGGGGAGGAGUGACUUGUAUUACAUUCUAGUGUUUUUGCUAACUGUUUCACAGAAACUUGGCAGGGAAGGACAAUUGAUCAUACCAGGUAUGGGCAGGUCUGGUAGCAGCGCUCUCCGAAUCCUGAAAAGCGUGUUCUGUGUUACAGGCUUCAGCCAACGUAUUCAUAUCCAGAAACAAAACAGCUGAAUCCCAAAGGGAAAUAAGAAAUUAAACCAGCAUCAGGCGUUAAUAAUUUUUACAGGGGUGUCUGUAAACUUUUAUAUUGCAAGAAAAUCUUAAAAUGGAAGAUCUUAUCUCUGUAGUGAAUAUUCUGGUCUUUCAGAAGAGAGGAGGGUUUAUGGAAGAGAGGGCUUAAUACAAAUAUAAGCUUUUAUAAAGUGUGAUUAUCAGUCCUUUGGGAAGUUAUGAGGACAAAUGUAUCGUAUAUUGUCAGUUUAGGCAGGCAGUAAAUAUUUCUGUUUCAUGGAAGGUCAUAUUGGCUGUAUAAACAGCCAUUUCUGGGACAGACUGAUUUCACUGGAACAAUGCAUCCCCAUAUUAAACAUUCCAUCUUUUUGCUAAGUUUGGCAUGGAUGUGUGUUCAUGUUUUUUAUAUGUACGUGUGUAUGUGUCAGGGAAAUACUACAUAAAAAUAUACAUACACUCUGUACAUAUAUUUUCAGUUUUUCAAUGUGUACUUUGCACUGUGCCAGAGAGAACUGUACAAUUUCUUGGGUUUUUUACCAGUAAAUUUAGUUGUGUAUUACUUUCAUUAGCACCUGUUUAAUUUGUUCUUGGAGUCAGAAGGUGACAAACAAUCAAAAGGUAUCUUCAUUCACACAGGCAAGAUCCCUGUACUAUGCAAUACUCCUGGUUGUUCAUUGCUUAACUCUGAGCCAUAUAUUCUGAUAGAUAUUUGGAAAGACACAUUUGGUUCCAAUGUUUUGGGUUUAUAUUUCCUGUGAGGAAGUGCUACUUUGUAACUGAUAAACCUUUUUUUGGGUAAAAUUGGUGCUGUUUGUAUAAGCUGCAAGAAUGAGUGGUGAUAAUAAAACAGUUUGUUGUCACUGCCAGUUGUAAAAUACAUCAGGGACAAGAAAAUAUACUUUCUGUUUAGGAAACUGAAUGUACUGUAUGUAAUAGUCAAGUGAUAAAAACCGUUAGGGAAGCUGUAGUCCUAAAACGGUAGGAUUUAUUGUAUCUCUUAAUGCCUUUUUAUAUGAAAGCGUAUAGUAUAAAUGUAUUUUUUACAAAUUCCUUUUUUGAAAAUGACCUUCUUUACCCAUAGACUGAUACUCAUUAGAUUUCCGCAGAGGUACUGCUAGAAAACAGUGAACUUUGUGACUCUCAAGUCCAAGUAUUUUGUUAUUUUAAGUGACUGCAAUGCAAUUUCAAUUCAGAAAGUCAUUUGGACCCUGAGAAUUGUUUUUGUUAUUACAUCAUUAGACAUUUGACACUAAAGUUUAUCUGUAUUGAUUUGUUUUGCAUAUCUUUUGUGGUGCAUGUAUGCUUAGAUGAAUAAUACAGGCAUGCUCUUUAUAGUAACAAAAGGUCAGAGCAUUGAUGAAGAAACAGAAUAUUUUCUCAUGGUGUUAGAAAAGUGUUGAUUUAACUUUCAUAUGGUUAUACCAAAAAUUAUAUAUUAAAGAAAACAUCAUGCCCCAUGUGUUCAGAAUAUUGUUUAUACAUAUAUAUAAUUGUGUAUUACUUCUUCUAUGCUUUAUUAUGCUGAAUUUGGGUUCCUCAGCCUAAAAAGAUCUCAUGCAAUUUAAGUGGAAGUAAUUGACUGAAAAUAGUUUGCAUUUUUUACAUUGCCCUUGGCAUAAGAAAAACAAAGAUGUUUAAAUUUUCUGUUUGGUCUUUAUGGAAUGACAUUUUUGUACAUGGCACUAUUAUGGGUAUAAAUAUUUGUUCAAGGCUUUCUGUGCACCCAUGUGCACAAAGAUAACUGUGAUGCUGUACCAGAAUUUCUCCAUGUGCUGUAGUAUGAGAUUCAAGCAUUCUGAGUCUUACAGCAGAAUGCAUUUUUUAUUCUUUAUUUUCGGUGGGAUGUUCUUAUCUAGCAAGAAAAAUAAAAGAGUUUGUUCAUUGUUGUAACUGUCCAUUCUGUUCGAUGCCCUCUGGAUGUGUGAGCGCUCUCUGUGUAGGCAAGGGUGGCUGGCUGAUCUGAC